GACUGGAGAAAAUGGCUACCGUUGUGAGGUUGGUACGGCGAACUCCGAAUGUGAUGGAACAAGUUUUUGAAAGAAAUAGAAUUUCUGAGGAGCAACGCUGGUCAGAGUGGGAAGCUUCCGUCCACAUUCAAGCAUGGUUCAGGGCAGUGAGAGUACGGUCAUACCUAAAGCAUCUACAUAGAUGUGCCACCACACUGCAGAAAACUUGGCGGGGAUUCUUAGGAAGGGCGUUUGUUAGGAUUCUUAUUGAAAACCAGGUGCUGAUUAUGAGAAGGAACUUCUACAAUGCCAUGGCAACUGUUAUUCAAAAAAUAUGGCGAGGUUUCUACACAAGGAAAUACAUUUUCAAUUACUACAGUAGGAAGAGAUAUCUUGAGGGACUGCUUGUGAAGAACCAGAUUGUGAGGCAAGAGCUUGAGGAGUACAGUGAACAGAAGUCGCGUGAGAGGGCGAUAGAAAUGGAACACAAAAUGCAAAAGUCCAUCAUUGAUGAUGCCAGCAAACAUCAUUACCUUCUGAGUACUGAUGUGGUCCCUGGUAUUUACAACUCGCCAUUUACACCCUACCCUGAUGAGAUGGAGAUGAUUCUACGGAGUGUCAAGCCCCGCCCACCCCCUGGGCCCAAACCCAAGAGAGACAAUAGGUCAGGGAUCAUCAUUCCUCCGAGCCCGCCUCUGCCUAUGACAGAGCCCCUCCCACCGAUUGGGGAAACAAAGCUCCAGGGACCAUUCCGUACACCUGAUGAAGUUAUAAAGCAGCGUUACAAACAACUGCAACCAACAUUGAGGGUAGCUACCUCUUAUACAUCAGUAGAGGAAGCUAGAGAAGCAAUGAAAUCUAAGGAGUGGAUCAUGAGAGUCAAUGAUAACAUAUUUGAGCCAUUCUCUAAGAGGGAUAGGGCGUAUGAACCAUUGCUACAUACAACCUCUAAGCAUGGUCAUCUCCCAUAUGGAACUAGGUACUACAGAGAGACAGAUGACACCAAGAAUAUUACAGCACUGAGAUUCCAGCCUGUUGUUUCUCCUAUCCCAGUCUUUGAGAAGCUAAAUGACACUUACUCCAAGGGAACAGAGACUGUACCAUAAGGAUUGAUGUUAUCUUGUAUUGUUCAUAAUAUGAUCCUCAUACAAUGUAGUUGUGGCUUUCAUGUGGUGUAGCCUAUCGGGACAAAUAUCACAAUUAUGACCUGUUUCAUUCAUAUGCUAAUGGUACUGGAAUCAAGUUCUCUUUUGUCAUGAAAACCAGCCCUAAUAAGCAAUUCUGUCGCUAUUAGUCAAUGUGUUGAACAUAUUAUUAUGUUAAGGCUUUUUUUUGUAAAGAUCUCCAACGCCACAUGUCUUGUUACACUUUUACUGGAUUGACAAACUUUGUUACAAAAUGUGAAUUACAUGUACAAGUAAAUGUUUUAUAAAACAAAUGUCUUUGAGAAAUUGACAGUCUGACUUGCUGGAGCCCACAAAUACUGGGUAAUCCAAGCCCUGUAUUUAUGCAUGGUCUCUUAUUACAACACUUGCUUGCAGGGAUUUGUAUGUGUCUACCUAAAAUGUGACUAUUCAAAAUCAAUAUUUAUCGGAAUCGGAAUGAACAGAGCUUGAUAAUUAUAUCCAAAUAUCUUUAAAAAAACACCAAUCUAGCAUUUAAUUUAUAUCUUGUGUUGGCUUCAUAAAAUCAACCUCAAUAGGAUUCCCCUAGGUUCCAAAUGGAACAUUCCAAUGUCACUAGAUCGAGGCACCCUCUCUUAGAGGUCAAUAGAAGGUUGCGUAAGUGGCCCAUUCAUUCCAUGCACCCGACAUACAGGCAUUUACAUUGUUUCAUAAAGGGGGAAUUUUUGGACGCUAGGUGGCAGCAGACGUACCAGGUCAAUCUAUUAUUCUCGAUAAUGUGCGUAUGCUCAGAUUCUGUCCACAAAAACAGGGAGCAAGUAUAAAUUAUGCGUUCCUUCACAACUCAAGACAAAUCGAGUAAAAGAAAACCUACCCAGUGUGAUGCAUUUUCCUGCAAUCGCCUUGUCUUGAGGAAGAAAUACUGUGUAUCCGUGGUCCCUGAGCAUUCCAUAAAGUCUCACAUUGUUUUAAAUUUGAGAUGUGGUUGGGUUAUAUAAAUCUUUGGUGGGGAUGUUGAAAGCAAUUGUUUCCCCCUGUUUGGAUAUUCCAAGUGAAGAUACUCCUUGACAUACCACAUAAACACAAUUUAUUUUGGUAUAAUAACUUCAUGAUUAAUAGUGUUUUUUCCAUUAUAAAUAAUUUUUACUAAAACCGUCCGUUUCCAUAAGUGCCCAUAUUGAGAAUGUGUAUAACAAGUUUUUUUUAUAAGAAUGCUGUAAAUAUGUAAAUAGGUUUUACAAAAGCAGAUCAAUAUUGAUAGAUAUCACUUCUGUCACUUUUGUAAUUUAAAAUAUUUAUUUUCAUGAAAUAAUAAUGGUUACAUUGUAGAAGAAAAUCCACUAAAGAAUUUUUGUUAUCACUUUUCUGAAGAUGUUCAUUUCUUUCAAAAAUAAUGAUCUACCUAGUGAGUUUGUCAACACACAAGUUGUAUCCAAGUUUCUCACAUGAUCAAUAUGUGUGUUCUUUGUUCAUUUUGUAAAUAUUAAUAAAGGCAGAGUUGCUUUAAUUAUCUAUUU